AUGAUGCCAUUACUUCUCUGUGCUUUAAGCAACCGUGACAUGGUUGUAUAUGAGGUGUCUGCACAAAACCAAGUUAAGGCAUCUGUCCAGCGCAAAAUUCGCCAAAGUAUUGCCGAUGAGUACCCUGGACUCGAACAAGCAUUGGAAGAUUUGCUACCAAAGAAAUCCCCUUUAAUUGUGGCUAAAUGUCAGAACCAUCUAAAUUUAGUUGUGGUAAACAACGUGCCACUAUUUUUCAACAUUCGUGAUGGACCAUAUAUGCCUACCCUAAGGCUCCUUCAUCAAUAUCCUGAUAUAAUGAAAAAGUUGCAAGUAGAUAGGGGUGCCAUAAAGUUUGUUCUCGCUGGUGCAAACAUAAUGUGUCCAGGUCUGACUUCUCCCGGCGGUGCUUUGGAUGACACAGUGGCUGCAGAGACUCCUGUGGCAAUAAUGGCAGAAGGAAAGCAACAUGCUCUUGCCAUUGGCUUCACAAAAAUGUCAGCAAAAGAAAUAAGAGAUAUCAACAAGGGAAUUGGAGUUGACAACAUGCAUUAUCUUAAUGAUGGUCUUUGGAAGUUAAAAGGCAGCACGUGGAUUAGAGCCAUGGGAAUAGCUCCGCCUCACCAUUUCAAACACUGA